AUACCAGCCAUGAAGGCAAUCGUGUGCUUAGUCUUUGGGCUAGCGGCUAUGGCCGCUGGUCAUGUGGUUUACAACGAUCAGACGAUCGUUAACAUGGAUAUAAAAGAACGUCAAAUGUUCAUUUUGAAGCUUUUGAACCAUGUUCUGGAACCAGUCGUAUACAAGGAAAUCGAAGACAUCGGUAAAGAUUUCAAGAUAGAAACUAACGUUGAACUAUACACGAGACAAGAUGUGGUCAAAGUAUUCCUCAACAAUUUGAAAUACGGCUUCCUGCCUCGUGGUGAAAUAUUCACUCUUCAUGUUGACCGUCAACUUAAAGAGGUUGUGACCAUGUUCCAUAUGUUGUACUAUGCCAAAGACUUCGCUACCUUCAUCAAGACCGCUUGCUGGAUGCGUAUGUACCUUAAUGAAGGUAUGUUCGUUUAUGCCCUGACUGUAGCCGUCAGACACCGUGAGGAUUGCAAGGGCAUCAUUCUUCCACCACCUUAUGAGAUCUACCCUUACUACUUCGUCCGUGCUGACGUCAUUCAAAAGGCUUACCUGCUUAAGAUGAAGAAAGGUCUUCUUGACAACAAACUCUGCGACUUUUAUGGAAUCAAAAAAACUGACAAGGACAUCUACAUUAUAGACGAAAACGUUUAUGAUCGUCGUGUUUACUUGAACGAUGAAGACAGGCUCAGAUACUUUACUGAAGAUAUUGAUCUUAACACAUACUACUACUAUUUCCACAUCGACUAUCCGUUCUGGAUGAAAGAUGAUGUUAUGACAAACAAAUUAAUGUUCAGACGUUGGGAGCUAACGUUAUAUAUGUACCAACAAAUUCUUGCUAGAUACUACUUAGAACGUUUAUCCAAUGGUCUUGGUGAUAUUCCUACGCUUUCGUGGCACAAGACUGUACGAAAGGGUUACUGGCCCUGGAUGAUGCUACAUAAUGGUGUUCAGUUCCCUGUCAGGUUCAACAACUAUGCAAUGACUGACAAUAAGAACAUUGGAGUAUUGAAGCUUGUUCAAGAUUAUGAAAAGAUUAUAAACGAAGCCAUAAUUAAAGGAUAUAUUGAAAUCAAUGGACUAAGGUUAGAGCUGACUAAGACUGAAGAUAUAGAAAUGUUAGGAAAACUUAUUUAUGGUACUAUUGACAAAGUUAACAUUACUAAAAAUCAAGUAGAUGCUUACCGCUACUUGCUCAUAUUAAUGAAAGCUGUUGUUGGCCUGAACACGAUGUCUACGGACAAAUACUUCGUUGUACCCAGCGUUCUCGACAGCUAUCAGACGGCUCUUCGUGACCCUGUAUUCUACCAACUGCAAAAACGUCUAUGUUACUUCUUGAUGCUCUUCAAGAGGCGUCUUCCUAGCUACACUCACGAAGACCUCUCAUUCCCUGGAGUCAAGAUCGACAAUGUUGUAGUCGACAAACUUGUCACUUACUUCGAUGACUACUUAAUGGAUAUGACAAACGGAGUUACACUUACUCAAGAUGAACUUAAAAAGUCUACAUCUGACAUGAUCUUCUAUGUCCGCAAACGCCGCCUCAACCAUCAACCAUUCAAAGUAGUAGUUGACAUUCAGUCUGACAAAGCAGUUGAUUGUGUUGUCAGAAUGUUUUUGGGACCCAAAUUCGACCAAUGGGGACGCUUACUUGACCUUAACAUGAACCGUCUUAACUUUGUUGAACUUGACUCUUUCCUAUACAAACUUAACACUGGCAAGAACACGAUUGUCAGAAACUCAAUUGACAUGCACAACGUUGUACGGGACCGCAUCAUGACCCGUGAUCUAUGGAAGAAGAUUGAUACCGUCACCGACAUGAGGGAUCUGCUGAUCAAGGAUCUUAGAAACUACCACACUGGUUUCCCAAUUAGGUUGCUGCUACCUAAAGGUCGCGUUGGUGGUUUAGAGAUGGUUCUAUACGUCAUUGUUACACCCCUGAGGUUAGUCGACAACGUUGACAUUUCUAUGUUGGAUACUACCCGCAAAGACUUAGUAGUAGACUUUAGGUCUACUGUGCUGCUUGACAAGAUGCCUCUUGGUUUCCCUCUUGAUCGUCCAAUUGAUCUAACUAAAUUCUUCACUUCAAACAUGAAAUUCUUAGACAUCUUUAUCUACCACAAAGUGCAAGUUUGUGACAUGAAGACUCGUUGGGAAAGAUACGUUCUUAGGAACUACGACUUAGUAGACAAGACUGUUUUCGGCAACUACAUGGACAUGAAUGUCGACAUUAACAUGAAGGUUGACCGUAACAUUAAUGUUUAUGAUAUGUAGGAAACGAAAGAAGCAAACUUAUAAAAUGAAGAAUUUAAUGAA